AUGCCGGAUCUCCUCACCCCCCAGGUCCUGGCCAUGGGCAAGUACACUCAUUUCUGCGUGCGCCCACUGACACCCACCACAGCCGGCCCACUCGUCCUCGAUACCUUCAUCAAGCACUACCUCGGUAACAAUACCAGCAAGCACAAGGACAAGGACAAGGCAAGGGAGGACCUCAUGUAUGAUGAGGCGUUCGUUUUGAUGAAGACCUUUCUCGAAAUGUCUACAAAACACCCCGUUGCAGCUUUGCAGCGAUUCGGCCAGGUCCGCACGCCCUCCCCGCCGUGGGUGGCCGUACACCGCAUCCACGUCCCCCACCCCACCCUCGCCUCCGCCGCCGCAUACCUCAUCCAAGGUUUCGGCGGUGAAGAGAUGGCGUACAAGAUUGCGGGUGGUACGAAAUGGUGGCAAGUACGCGCGGGGCCGGGAGUGGAAGCCGAGUGGAUCGUGAUGAAGAAGGAUUGGAGAGAGGUCGUGGCGGCGGAGAAAAAGGAGAGGAAGGAGAAGCCAGGGAAGGGGAAGGAGGAGAAAGAGAAAGAUGAUUUCCGUCCCGAGAUGGACCGCCUCCGCUGCAUGCUCUACAUCCAUGGCGGCGCUUACUACUGGGGAUCCAUCAACACCCACCGCUACACCAUCUGGCGCCACGCUCGCAAAAUGCACGGCCGAUGCUUUGCCGUCAACUACCGCAAAGCACCCCAAUACCCCUUCCCCUGCGCCCUCCAAGACUGUCUCGCGGCCUACCUCUACCUCACCAACCCCCCGCCUGACGCGCCGCAUACAGCGAUAGACCCGAAAAACAUUGUGUUGGCGGGAGAUUCGGCUGGUGGCGGGUUGUGUUUGGCCUUGUUGCAGGUGUUGAGAGAUACGCCGGGGCUCGAGUUGCCGGCUGGGGCGGUAUUGAUCAGUCCCUGGUCGGAUUUGACACAUAGCUUCCCGAGUAUCCUCGAGAAUACAGCGACGGACGUCAUCCCGCCAUACGGCUUCAUCCACAAACCCUCCUCCCUCUGGCCGCCUCCCCCGCCCAUCCUCACUGACGCCGUCCAGUCCCGACUGCGCACCAAGAUGCGCGAAGCCAUCGUCCGUGUGCGGGAGCACGAGAAGGCAGGCAAAGUCCCGCCUGAGAGCGAUGUGGCCGAGGGCAACAAGUUGAAAAAGAUAUUGUCGAAAGUGUCGUCCCAUCACGACAAGGAGGUCCGAGCGUCGUCACCGACAGAUAUUCAUUCGCCUCGGGAUACCGAAACACCAGGCAGCCCCGAUCCAAAAGACCUUCAGCCUACCGUCGAAGGCUCUGAUGCCCACCCCAAGCCGCACCACCCGCUUCCCCACUCAUCCGCCGCCAACCCUGCCUCUCUCUUCUCCCACCUCUCCCCUCUCUCCGGAAACGCUGGCCAGCCAAAGACCCUCGCUUUGGACCACGUCCCACUGGAGCUCAGGGUCAAAGGGGAGAAGGUGGUGUUGGACACGCAGAUUCAGCUCUACGCUACGAAUUCACAGCUGAACCAUCCCUGGGUGAGCCCUGUGCUGGGAUACCUCGGAGGUCUACCCCCGUUGUAUAUCAUGGCGGGCGAUAAUGAGGUCUUGCGGGAUGAAAUCAUCUACCUGGCGCACAAAGCAGCAAACCCCAAAGCCUACCCCCUCCGCCCAGACGUCUACCCCCUCCUCCCGUCUCUAGAAGGCAUCGAAUCCCGCUACGGCCCCACCAACGUCCAUCUCCAAAUCUACGACGGUGUCUGCCACGACCUCCCCUUGUUCAGCAUGACCAAAGCCGCCCGAGGGUGUUUCAGAGCUAUCGCGUCUUUUGCCCGAUACGUGACGCCCUCGGCCCCCGGGAGUCAUUAUGUGAACCGGACGCCUGCUGGGAGUAGCGCUCCGUCCAGGAGAGGGUCCGCGGAUGGGCCUGAGAGGGUUGAUGGAGAGGGGAAAGUCAUACUUGGAGUAGGGGUGGCUGCUUCGCCCGAAAAGCUCUCGGCACAGCUGCCCGAGGCGCGUCUUGCCACACCUUCUACGCUGACGCUCAAUUCGAGUGUGCGUCCCCUCGCACCCUCUACCUCCAAAGGUUCCACUACCUCUCUCAUCUCCUCCGCCUCUGGCACGUCGACGCCGAUGACUGCUAGCUUCACCGGCAUCGCCCCCGCUGGUGAAAGUAUCUCUUCAGAGCGCGAAGUAUUCUACACGCCAAAUCAAGGCGAUUUCGAAGGUAUGGAAGUAUUAAAGACGGAGGACGAUCCCGAAAAAGAGAGGGGGAUCUUACCGCCAAAGAGGGGUAAGAGCCUGUUGAGUGAGACGCCGUCGGGGACACCAGGUCGGCUAGAGUCGCCGGAUAUGUCGAGCGUACCAAGUCAGCUUGAUGCUCUUGAUCCAAACCACCCGCACCCCAUCAUCUCCCCCAACCGUCAUUCAUCUACACUCCAGCCAUCUACCCCGUCUACUCCGAUUACACCUGCGACCCCUGCGACCCCUGCAACGCCCGCCACGCCCGCCACUCCGGGAUCGGCUGAAAAGACCAUCAGGAGGCACAAAAGCCUUGCUUGGCUGCAAGGUUCUUCUGGGUCCGAUUCUCGCAAGGGUAGUCACGGGAGCUCGAGUGAGAAAGAUGGGGACAAGGAGAAGGAGUUUCAUGGGCUGGAUGAUUCGAGGGCAAAGGAAGGCGAGUCGGGAUGGCCGGGAAUGUAUCGGGGUGAUAAUCCGUUUGGAUCAGACCAUAUGAUUCGCGAACGGAUCGAUCCCUUGGGCAUCACCCGACCGCUUACUCCCAUUUCUGACAUUCCCGCUCUGCAGAUCCCAUCAGAUGAAAUCGGUCUCAUCAGGGAAGGUCCUGCUAUGCGAUACAUCAAUGGCCAGACACUCUGGGACAAGAAAUAUAAAAAGGUCGGAGAGAGGGUGGAGAAGAAACGAAGGAGAAACUUGAAGGAAGCUCAGAAAGUUGCAGAGAGGGGUGGAGAAGAUGGAGGGUUUGAAGGCGUUGUGAGAGAGGCGAUCAAGGCCGAGAAAGAGAGCAAUGCUCUGAAAAAGGCAAACAAAGAAAAGGCCAAGAAGGAGGCCAGCAAGGGCGGGGACGAGGAUUGGGAGAGUGAGGCGCAGGAAGGUGGGAGCGGUGAAUGUAGUAGGUCGUGGGACUGGGCUCUUCAAGGGGAAGCUCCUCCCCCAAGUGCCAUUGUCUCUCGUCGUGAUUUCGCCGAGGCGCGUCAACUAGCUCUCAUGGCAGACCGUAUCGACUCUUCCGCCUCCCACUCUACUCCUUUCCAUGGCCUCAACAUUUGGGUCGGCCUCGCGGGUCUGUUUGGGGGAAGUGGAAAUGAAAAGGAAAAGACCAAAGAGAUGCUGCAAGAGUUGAAGGAAGAACGGGAGAAGGAGAAGGAGGAGGAAAAGUUGGGGAGGGAGAAGGGGAAGGAUGAAGGGCAUAUUAAGGGUGGGAAGGGAAAGUGGUGGAAGUUUGGAAAUCGCUGA